AUGCCGCUCUCGUACAUGUACGAGACCUUCCCCAAGCUGCUGCAGCCGGUGGGAUCUGUCUCAGACGAGGUCCUAGAGGCGACGAGGGCAAACCGGUGGCACGAGAGGGCAGAGCGGAUCCUCGACGAUGUCAUGGCUUGGUCGCAGAGCGUGAAGGAGUGGAAGAAAGUGAAGACUGAGAUGGAGGCAGAUGCAAAAUACAAUUUCUUCAACAACAAAAUACAAGUUGUGCAAAAAAUACACUAUGAUGAGACCCUACCGCCGGGGAGUGUGGCGAAGUGGCAGUUAAUGAGCGAUAGGGUUGCACACCCUAUCACCAGGGUCACCGGCGGUAGAACUGCAUUCCCUACCGUCGUUGGUUCUGGCGGUAGCAUGUCUGCCAGGAUGUACGCCGACACCCAGAAGGGCCGGCCGGGCUGCCGCCCCGUCGACGCCUCCCGCAGGGCGGACCUCGCGAUGGUCUGGCCGAGGUACUUCCCCGAGGAAACCGAGCACCCGGUCCCGGCGGACGACCCCAGGGCCAGGCUCGUCGGCGACCUGGUUAAGGUCAUGGGGCUGGAGGAGAGGGCCAAACUCCUCCCACGUGUUGAAGAUGAUGGUGUUGUCUUCUUCCUUCCGAUUGAUUUCCAGCAGCUUAAGAACUUGUGUGGUGGUACCAACCUCUUAGAUGCUCUCAGGGAAAAUCCUAAAGAAGCCUUGCUUUGCAUGGGAGUUGCAGUUCAUCUGGCUAAGUGCUCGGGCAAUGGCCUCCAGUUGAGCGACGUAGACAAGGUCAAUAUCAGGCUUUACAACCACACCGAGACAAUAAUUGCUUUGAAGAAUUUGAAAGCGGCCUAUAUUAAGAAACUAGCGACAGUGCGUGGUACUGUUGUAAAAGUCAGUACUGUGAAACCUCUAGUUCUGGCGCUGGAGUUCCAAUGCACGAAGAUACAGGAGCUUUCUAGUGCUGAAAACCGUGAAGAAGGCCGAGUGCCACGAACUAUAGAGUGUGAGCUCACAGAAGAUCUUGUAGAUUGUUGCAUCCCUGGAGAGGUUGUAACGGUAGCUGGAAUCGUCAAAGUGCUGAACAACUAUAUGGAUGUUGGAGGAGGUAAGUCCAAAAGCAGAAACCAGGGUUUAUACUACUUGUACUUGGAAGCAAUCUCAGUAAGGAACUCCAAGGCCCAUGUUGUUUCAGAAAAUUCAGAUGCAAGUUCUACUGAUAUUCUGGCUACUGGAUCCUUCAGUUUCGAAACUUUUACUGAUAAGGAUCUUAAAUUCAUCACCGAAUAUAAUAGCGAGCAUGGUGCUGAUGUAUUUCGUCAAAUACUUCACUCCUUUUGCCCCUCCAUCUAUGGGCAUGAACUUGUAAAGGCCGGUAUCACUCUUGCGCUUUUUGGUGCUGUGCAGAAGCAUUCAAUGGAUCAGAACAAAGUCCCAAUUAGAGGAGACAUCCAUGUUAUUAUUGUUGGCGAUCCAGGACUAGGCAAGAGCCAAUUACUAAAAGCUGCAGCAUCUGUUUCCCCACGGGGAAUAUAUGUAUGCGGGAAUACAACCACAAAUGCUGGUCUAACAGUUGCUGUGGUUAAAGAUUCAAUGACAAAUGAUUAUGCAUUUGAGGCUGGGGCCAUGGUUCUUGCUGACCGUGGGCUAUGUUGCAUUGACGAGUUUGACAAAAUGUCAGCAGAGUAUCAGUCCUUACUGGAAGCCAUGGAGCAGCAGUGUGUAUCUGUGGCAAAGGCUGGCCUUGUGGCGAGUUUAUCUGCCCGCACUUCUGUGCUAGCAGCUGCUAAUCCUGUUGGUGGUCAUUACGACCGAGGCAAAACAGUGAAUGAGAAUUUAAAGAUGAAUGCUGCCCUGCUCUCUCGGUUUGACCUGGUUUUCAUUUUACUUGACCAGCCAGACUUGUUUCUAGAUAAGAGAGUAUCAGACCACAUAAUGGCACUCCAUACCAAUGACAGAAGUCCUUGCUCAUCCAACAAGAGGCUAAGAACAGUGCCUCAAUUUAAUGGCAGUAUGGGGAUUGGAAUUGAUGAGAAAAAAUUAGCUUCAAGGCUGAGACUACACCCAGAGAAAGACAGGGACUUUGUUCCGUUACCUGAACCACUUCUUCGCAAGUAUAUAUCUUACGCGAGAAGCUAUGUUACCCCCCGUAUGUCAGAACCAGCAGCGGUGGUACUGCGGAAAUAUUACUUGAAUUUGAGAGCGCAUAGUACUUGUUCUGAUGGCACACCCAUCACAGCCAGACAAUUGGAAAGCCUUGUGAGGUUAGCAGAAGCUCGCGCUCGGGUGGAUCUAAGAGAAGAAGUGACUGAACAAGAUGCGAAUGAUGUUGUUGAGAUCAUGAAUGAAUCCUUAUAUGACAAAUAUGUUGAUGAGCAUGGUUGUGUGGACUAUGCUCGGAGUGGUGGGAUGAGCCAACAAAAGGAGGCAAAAAGACUUAUGAGUGCCUUAAACAAGCAAUCUGAGUUGCAGCAAAAGGAUCACUUUUCAAGAGCCGAGAUACGAAGCUUAGCAGAUAAAAUCAGCUUGCAAGUUCCAGAUUUAGAUGAUAUUAUGGAAAAAUUGAACAAUAUUGACCUCAUCAUGUUCACGGACCCAGCCAACAAGAUCAAGAUGGUGAGUUCUCUUACACCCUACAUGAAAACAUGGGAGUUUGGUGUUGGUAUUAUGCUAAAUCUUAUAUCUGUGCCACACGUUAACGUUGAUUAA